CCCCUCUGUGGUCAACAUGGGAGCACACACUCACUGCUAACACACACACAUACACACACUACGGGGACCCGCCAAACACACACACACUCAAAUAGACACAUGACAGGCCUGCUAGCUGAAUUGUUUCUCCAGUCUUGUUAGCACUGGGUUGUUGUAAUCAUGUUUGUAGCGCGUAGUAUCGCUGCGGAUCAUAGAGAUCUGAUCCACGAUGUGUCGUAUGAUUUCCACGGCCGGAGAAUGGCAACGUGCUCCAGUGACCAAAGUGUUAAGGUUUGGGACAAAAGUGAAAAUGGAGCGUGGCACUGCACAGCAAGCUGGAAGACACACAGCGGUUCAGUGUGGAGAGUGACCUGGGCUCAUCCAGAAUUUGGGCAGGUUCUGGCUUCCUGCUCCUUUGACAGGACAGCUGCUGUGUGGGAAGAGAUUGUAGGCGAGUCCAAUGACAAACAGAGAGGAUUGAGCCACUGGAUAAAGAGAACCACACUGGUGGACAGUAGAACUUCAGUGACUGAUGUGAAAUUUGCCCCCAAACACAUGGGCCUGAUGUUGACCACCUGCUCUGCGGAUGGAGUGGUGAGGAUUUACGAGGCUCCUGAUGUGAUGAACCUGAGUCAAUGGUCCCUGCAGCACGAGAUCUCCUGCAAGCUCAGCUGCAGCUGCAUCUCUUGGAAUCCCUCCAGCUCUCGUGCACAUCCGCCAAUGUUUGCAGUGGGGAGUGACGACAGCAACGUGUCAUACGGUGGGAAAGUUCAGAUCUAUGAGUACAAUGAAAAUACAAGGAAAUAUGCUAAAGCAGAGACGCUGAUGACCGUCACUGAUGCAGUCCAUGACAUUGCAUUUGCUCCAAACCUGGGAAGAUCCUUCCAUGUCCUUGCCAUAGCAACCAAAGAUGUCCGAAUCUUUAAGCUCGUUCCUAUGAGGAAGGAUAGCACCUCUACAGGACCCACAAAGUUUGAAGUGCAGAUUAUGGCUCAGUUUGACAACCACAACUCCCAGGUGUGGCGUGUGAGCUGGAACAUCACCAGCACCCUGCUGGCCUCCUCUGGGGAUGAUGGCUGUGUGCGGCUCUGGAAAGCAAACUACAUGGACAACUGGAAGUGCACGGGCAUCCUGAAGGGAGACGGCAGCCCGCUCACCAGCUCAUCUGGUCAGCCCACAGCCAUGAGCACCAUUGUGGGCUCCUCUGUUCAGACACCUCAGAAUGCACUGAACGGGAUGUCUGCAGGAAGGUAUUUCUUUCCACCUUUGGAUUCUCCCAGAGCAGGGACCAGGUAUGGUCACUUGCUGCCUCCCUCCUCCCUCAUAGAGCACUGUGAUGCUGAGCCCAUUCAGCCUCAACAACAGGCUCUGCCCCACAGACACUCCUCUAGAUCACUGCUGACCUUACCAGAGGCUGAAGGGCAGUGAUAUUGGGAGUGUUUUAGCUAAAAUAAGCAGGGAGCCACAGAACUGUCGCUCAUUUCUAAUAAAGACCUUCAUUGUU